GCUGUUUUCUAAACGCUGACUUUGGGUUUAAUGAACAUCAUCAGAAUGAAAUUAUCAAUUAUAUGCGAUUUGCCCGUUCCAAGAGGGUCCUAAGGCUUAAGACUAUUGACUCCUGCUUUGAGGAACUCAAAGAUAGCAGGCUGGUGGAGGAGACGUUCACGGUGGACGAAGUGAAGGAGAUGCUGGAUGGGCUGCAGAUGGUGGUGCGUGGGGAGGUGGAGAUGGAGCUCAUCAACACAGCCCACACUAACGUGCUGCUGCUCAGGCAGCUUUUCUCCCAUGCAGAGAAGUUUUACCUUCGCCUCCAGAGCGACAUCUCAGAGCUGGAGAACAGGGAGCUUUUAGAGCAAGUGGCUGAAUUUGAGAAGACUGACUUUAAAACCACCAAUAAGAUAAACCAAGAAAUGAGCAAACCCAAGUUAGCGCCGCUGAAUGAAGGCGGGGUGUCGGAACUUCUUAAUAAGGAAAUUGCAAGACUACAGGAGGAAAACAACAAACUAAAAGCCAGGCUUCGGUCUUUAGAAUCUCAGGCUAUGAGUGCUUUAGAAGGGAAAACAAAGGUAGAGAGAGCCCUGAAAGACCUGCAGAAAGUACAAGGUGAACAGCAGCUUGCUGCUCAAUCCCAGGAGAUCAACAGUCUAGAGAACACAGUAGCAGCCUUGAAGGAGGACUAUGAAAGGUCUCUUAGCGCCAACUCUGCAUCGCAGAAGGAUUUGCAGGAGAACCUCAUCUCUGCCAAACACGAGCUUCUAAGAGUGCAGGAGCAGCUGGCCUUAGCAGAGAAGGAGCUGGACAAGAAGUUUCAGCAAACUGCAGCAUACCGCAACAUGAAGGAGAUUCUAACGAAGAAGAACGAACAGAUUAAAGAAAUUAGGAAACGAUUGCAAAAGUAUGAGCCUGACGACUGAGUUCUACACGCAUCGACCAGAAAAACAGGACCAAAAUAUACAACGGUGGUGUCGACAGGAAACCAUCAGUUCCAGUGUUAUACGACGAGAAAGACAAUGAAAAGUCUUUCUACAAAGAAUUAUUUUAACUUUACUUGACAUAUUCUGUACUUAUUUGCUUUAGGAAAGCGCAGGAGCUGAUAGGUUGACU